UCUUAGUUCAAACCUUCUCAAACUUACCGUUGUGGCCAUCCGAUUGUGCCAUGAUCUCUUGCAUCUUACCGCUUCUGUUCGUGACUGUCGCAGGCGAGUGUGAACUCCCCGACACGAGCGUCCAUUCCGGGAAUCUGCUGCAGAAACGCCACAGCCGCAGCGCGCUCAACGUGACGCGUGUGACGCAUGGCUUCGGUCCUGUAGAAGGGCCGACCUCUUUUGCAGCAUCUUUUGCGCGCGGCGGCCGUAAGCCUUCACCUGCCGGGCCUGACAGUUUUGAAGGCUGCGGGCCGUCCGGAGCCGCCUCGCAUCGCGCCACCACCAGUGUGGCGUCUGCGAAGAAGACCAACUCCACCCUCGUGCGGAUGGGAAGCACCUGCGGCGCCGGUCAGGUGUCGCUCCUGGACUUCUCUGGUGGCUCGGUGAGUGAGACCUGCUGCCCUGGCGACAGCAGCUACUGCGCUGGCUGCGCCAAGUUUGCGAACGGGGGCUGCGCCAAGUGCCUGGGGGGCUACGUGCAGGUGGGAGGCAAGUGCCUUGCCUGCAUCAACCUCGAGGGCUUCAUGGACCCCUUGCACCGCUCCUGCGCGAUGUACGAGAGCAACGGGUGGUGCACGGGUGGUGCGCCAGUGAGCACAAAGUGGCAGCAGGACACCCCCAGCAGCCAGGCCACCAUGGCGGAGUUCACCUACCACGGCGCCUCUCCCACCGAGGCCUGCUGCGCGUGCGGCGGCGGCACGCGCAUGCCCACGCCCUUCAAGUACCCGGCCUCCGGGAAGUCCCUGCUGGUGGGCCAAGCCAUCCAGGAGCUGCCGCAACCCCGCACGGCUGUGGAGUACGUGGCGGACCCCGGCUGCGCGCUGCACAGUUUGGGGCUGCACCUGGAUGCGCGCACCGGCGCGGUGACGGGCACCGCCAGUGAAGCCACCCAGGUGGAGUGCCAAAUCACCGCCAAGGAAGGCUCUGGGCUGGAGUUCAACGCGAGUCUGGUACUGGACUUUGUGCCCUUCACCUACGGCAAAAGGGCCUUGGACUUCCCGGCGCCUGGGGACAAGGCGGUCUCCACAGGUACCACCAGCUACGCGUCCUGGGCCGUGAAGUGCACCCCGGACGCGCCCUGGCUGAAGAUCCGGACCAACGGGGCGCUCUACAAGGACGGCUGGGGGGUGCCCUAUGCGGCCUCCUGCGAGGUGACGGGUACGAUCAACGCCACCCUCAGCCACAGCAUCAAGGUGGUGGCCUUCAAGUCGAUCGAGUGGGGCUCCAUGCGCCUCUCCGACGACUCCCAGCCCGGCGUGGCGGUGAGCGGCGUGGAGGUCACUGUGAAUGGGGACGCUCCCAAGGUUGGCGCAAGGAACAACGACCAGUCGCCCAAUGCGAAGGCGGUGCCGCCGGCGAGGUACGUCGCUGACUGCGGGUCUGGCUCCUCCUUCGAUGUCCUCACCGGCGACAUUUUGCUGGGGGGGGAGCGCGUGCUGACGCUGGGCACCACGUCUGGGCGCCUUGGGGGGUCUCCGAGCCCCUUCCUCUUCAGCAACUGCCCCGGCCAGGCCCGGUGCUCCAAGCAGCUGAGCUGCAAGAUCUACGGGCUCCUGGGCUUCAGUGGGAGCCGCCUGGAGACAACUUUGACGGUGAAUGCCUACGACGACAUUUGCUGGGCCAAGGUUGAAACCGGCCACUUCGAGACCCACGGGCUAGGGGGCGGGAGCAACUGCCGGGAGUGGUGUCGCACAUCGCCUACCUGCGCCGCGUACAGCGAGGAAGCCGGGCAGUGCCUGUCCAUGCGCUACCGGAAGGGUGGCCAAGGGCCCGUGACCUACGUGAAGAUCCUGGGAUGCAGCAGGUACACCACGUGUCUGCACCUGGCGGUGUCUGGAGAGGACUGGCUCUCGGGCGCCUAUUGCCCCACCACCGUGCAGGAUGGGGGCCUGCCCUUCUACACCAAGGAGGGCGUGGCCGGGGGCGGGUAUGACUCCAUCCAUCUUCACGCCUGGCGCGCGGAGCGGGAGAUUUGGGAUCCAACGGCCUGCGGUUCCAACACCCAGUGGGUGCUGCGCCGGGCGAUGCCCACAGAGGACUUCACUUCCGCCGAGUCCAACUCCGUGGAGUUCCGUGGCCAGGUCGUGGGCUGCAUCGACACGGACCUCUCCACCCAGGCCUUUGAUGAGAACAAGCUGUCGAUGAUGAACCGCGCCGGCGAGCAGGUGCCAGUGCUGCUGGCGCAGAGCCAAGUGCAGGCAGUGCCAGCGGCUCGCGACUGCGCCUCCCCGCUGGAGGAGGACGACGAGCAGAAGGUGGCAAAGGAGUCGCAGAAGAAGGGACAGGAGAAGAGGGAAGAGGAGGAGGAAGAGAAGGAGGGUCUCGACCGCAGCAAGAUCUUCGUCUUCGACGAUCCGGGGACGCAGCUAGUGGACGACUACUUCUUGGAUGCCUGCGAGUGCUUCAACGAGGACUUUGCAGGAUCCUCCUUUGUGAACGAGGAGGCCUGGGGAAAGAUGCCUGCCGGCAGCAACAACGUCUUCGUGCCCUCCAGCCUGGAGAUCCUGUCGGGGGGCGCCAGCUGCGAGCCCCAGCACCUGAUCUCCGCGGACCGCACCGUGGACGACGCCGACGGCUGCCUCAUGUCCUGCAAGGAGACGGCUGGGUGCCUCUACUUCUGGCACGGGGACUACAACGGCGUGAAGCUUUGCCGCAAGUACUCCGCCUGCGGGUCCCUCUACCGCGAGGUGAACAGCAACGGGCAGCUGAAGUCCUUCAUCACUGGGGAGACCUGCCUGGUCUCGGACCCGGAGCGCUGCUGGGCGGAGCAGAAGCGCCGGGAGAUGUUGGCCAACCAGGCCCCGAGCUCGAGCUGCGUGAACGAGGCACUGCUGCAGGCCUGCGACGAGCUUCUGCUGCUGGGAGGCUACGGCAUUGAGACCUGCAGCCGCUGCACCCACAACUACGCGGUGACCAAGAAGCCCAAGAAGCCGAUGCCGGCCACGAUGUUGGCCGGCACCGUGC